AUGGCAGUGAGUCUACGAAAUGGUAGAGGCUUAGAUCUGGAGCAAGGAAUUGCUCGUGAAAGCAGGCCGACUGAGACACUGGUGCAAGUACCUAUUAAGAUAGAUGAUUCAGCAGGUUUAACUAAGGUGACGGUACAGAAUGCACAAGAGAACACCAACAAGGAAGAUGGGGUUGAGAAAGAGACUGAGGCUGCACCAGAACUGAUAAUAGAAGUAGUGCCUGAACAAGAGAAAAACCAAAUCAUAGGGAAGAAGCGACCUCCAGCACCAUUCCCACAAAGAUUGACCAAGUAUCAAAAAGAUGAGGAGUACAAGAAAUUUUUGGAGAUGUUGAAGCAAAUUCAGGUAAACAUUCCAUUGAUUGAUACUUUAAAGGAAAUGCCUGGGUAUGCAAAGAUGAUGAAGGACUUGAUGUCCAGCAAGUUCGACUUUCAAGACUUAGCCACAGUUACACUGACUCAAACCUGUAGUGUUGUUGUGACGAGACCCAUAGCCGAGAAGCUAUCUGAUCCAGGGAGUUUCACAAUCCCUUGCACAAUAGGCAAGUUUGCUUUUUCUAAGGCACUAUGUGAUCUGGGAGCUAGCAUAAAUCUUAUGCCUCUAGCUAUCUACAAAAGGCUAGGUAUUGGAAGAGCUAGACCCACGUCUAUGCUAUUACAGUUGGCUGACCGAAACGUGAAGAGGCCCUUUGGGAUUCUAGAUGAUGUAUUGGUGCAGGUUGGGAAGUUUGUGUUCCCAACAGAUUUUGUCAUCCUUGACUGUGGGAUUGACGACGAAAUUCCCAUAAUUUUGGGAAGACCAUUCUUUGCCACUAGGAGAGCUUUAAUUGAUUGUGAAACUGGAGAGCGCAAGAUGAGAUUAAAGAUGAAGAGAUAA